AUGUCAGAGGAGGCGGCUGGUAAAAGCGAGGCAACUGAGGGGACGGCGACGCCUCACCACACCAACACGGUGGAUUAUAACAACGCCGUUAUUCGUAAACGCCCACGUGUGGCGUGUUUGCGGCAGAACUUUUCGAGACAACUGUACCAAAUGAUCAUCCGACAGCUGCACCAUGAUGGAUACCUAGGGGCAGCCGCGGCGGUGGCCGAUGCGACGGGGGUUGUGGUCCCACGGUUAGAGACGAACAGUCAGCGACUGUCAAAGCUUGUCGCGAUGGGUUUGGCACACGAGGCAAGCAACGUGACCGAAAUGGAUAACUUUCUGACAUAUGAGGUGGUGGAGCGCUAUCUUGGCGCCUCCAAGCUGUAUGUACCGCUGCACCUCACGGAGAGUUCAACGGUGGGACAAAUGGCGUACCGAAUGCGGGAACGUUUUACGACCUCGUCACUCGGCGGGGUCGUGCGACGCGUCAAUAUGUCGCCAGACGGUUCGCUGGUGGCAUGUGGUGGUACCAACGGGUUGUGUGUUGUGUUUUCACUCAGGACGAUUGAAGACCUCAUGGCGCUGGAAGAGGUGCGACAGGAGAAUCAGUUCCGUGGUUUGGAUGGCAGCGGCGGAGGCAGUGGUGGUGGUGGUGGGAACGUAGGGCUGCGUAACGCGAGCAAUAAAAUUACUGAACUUGCGGAGGCGCGACGUUUCCAUGAACACACCCAGUCUGUUGAGGCCAUGCAUUUUCAUCCGUCGAGGCCGCUCUUGUUGACAGGUGGACGCGAGGGGGAUUUGUACCUGCGUGACUACAGUCAACCAAAUAAUAAGGUACUACAUAAACUGCAUGAUACGUUUCCCAUCCGAUCUGCCGUUUUUCAUCCUUCGGGUGAGUAUAUACUUUACGCCACAGACCACACCGCCCCAAGACUGUUGAAUUUGCGCACGUGGAAGUUAAUGACACCCACCACAGCCACCAGUAAGGAGGAUAAUGCGUCAGCCAACAUCGUCGCCACAGGCGGGACUGGGAUGCCCAAUAGGGGGGGAGGCUUUUAUAGAAGAGGGACCGAUGAUAGCCACACAGCUGCUCUCUGUGACGUAGACUUCUCCUUGGAUGGACGAUUGUUUGCUUCGUGUAGUCUGGAUGGUUCGCUUAUUGUGUACGAUGGCGUCAGCAGUCGCCCGGUGGCCAAGGUAAACAAUGCCCAUUCGAGUGUACCAGUGACAAGCGUGAAGUUCAGUCGUACGGGUAAUUUCAUUCUUUCAGCGGGAAUGGAUUCCGUCGCUAGACUGUGGGAUUUGCGCCGUUCUGAUGGUGGAUGCGGCACAGUGGAGGUGAUGUCGUUUGGCGAGCCUGGAAAGUGUAACCACCGCAGCAUUCAUGCCGCUUUUAGCUGUAACGAGAGCCACGUACUGUUGCAGGAUACAUCUCUAUUUGCCAUCCAUUCCUACUGUGUUUACUCUAGUGAUAAAUCCUACUCGUUGGUGGUGCCAAACCACAUGCAGCGGGGGUUUGCAGCGGCACCGUUUUGCAACGCUGUGGUAAGCGGUGGCGACGACUGUCGUGUUCGUUUGUGGACACCUGCGUGGGCGGCUGCAUGA